AUGACUAGAAAGUUGUACCGCAGCCCUCCUUUCCGCGCUGAGCAUUUGGGCUCGCUGCUGCGAACGAAAGAACUUCUCAACGCCAAGACAGCCUUUGAGAAGGGUGAAGCUCCAGAGUCAGACCUUAUCGCCGUCGAAAAGAACGACAUCAAGGACAUUGUCAGCAAGCAGAAGGAGCUAGGCUAUCCUGCGGCCUCUGAUGGGGAGUAUUGCAGACAUAUGUUCUGGGGCUCUUUCUUUCCCGGUCUAGAUGGAUUUGAGGAGGUCCGCGACAUCGACGCGGCUAUAUUCCGUGAGUAUGCUCCGGACGUUGCCGCCUUCUUAGAGUCCGGGAAAAAGCCCGGUGAAAGCGUCCUCUGCACCGGCAAGAUCAAGCACGUGGGAAGCACCUAUGUCGACCAAUUCAAGUACCUCGCCAGCUUAAUUGCUCCCGAGGAGGUCAAGAACCUGAAACUCACCCUGGCCGCCCCCAACUGGUACCACCUACGGUAUAAGGCAGGCUGCGCUUACCCUAAGAACGUAUAUGCCUCGGACGAGGCGUACUUCGCAGACAUUGCCAAGGCCUAUCAGGAUGAACUGCAAAUCCUGUACGAUGCCGGAUGCCGGAACGUCCAGUUCGACGACCCCAACCUUGCCUACUUCUGCUCCGAAAAGAUGCUCAACGGCUGGAAGAAAGACCCACUCAACACCCACUCAGCAGACGAAGUAUUCGCCAACUACAUCAAGCUCUACAACGACCUCCUCUCCCAGCGUCCCACCGAUUUCCACAUCGGCGUGCACCUCUGCCGCGGCAACUUCGUCGGCAGCCGCCACUUCUCCGAAGGCAGCUACGACCGCAUCGCAGCCAGACUCUUCCAAGAGCUUAACGUCGACACCUACUACCUCGAGUACGACACCGCGCGCGCAGGCGGCUUCGAACCCCUCAAGGAACUCCCCACUCACAAAAACGUCAUCCUGGGCGUAGUGACCAGCAAGUUCCCCGCGCUGGAAGACAAGCAGGAAAUGCAGGCGCGCGUCUACGAAGCGGCUAGAUUCAUCGCUGAGGGAAACAAUAUUACCGUCGAGCAGGCUCUGGACCAGAUCGGCGUUAGUCCGCAGUGUGGCUUUGCUAGCCACCGUGAUGGUAAUGCCAUUGACUACGCUGGUAUGAUCAACAAAUUGAAGCUUGUGCGUGAAAUUGCCGACGAUAUCUGGCCGGGCCAGUUGUGA